AGGGAGUCGGUGGAGGGGCAGCCGCCGCCCCGCGCGGCCGCAGGGUCCUAGCGGGUUUUCGGAGGGGUGUUAAAGUCGGCGGUGGAAGGCAGCUAUGUGCCGCUCAGUGCGAAAGCGUCGUUAGUGGCUUUUGAGUGCGCCCCUCCAGAAACCACCGUGCUGCAAAAAUCUUCCCUGACGUGAUUCUGCUCCAAGGGGUUUUGAAACUCCUCCUUCAUUAACAGAACACCGCUACGUAUUUUCAUGGAAAAGCCUCCGCCCUGCUGUGUGGUUUGUGCCUCCUGACUUAUCAGCCGGGAAGUGCCGAGAGGUGGUGUGGAUAGGAAAACCGGGCUUUACCUGAGCGGGCUGUGCCGUGCUUUGACUGCUUUUGAGCCGGGUUUGAGUGGUGGGCGGUUUUAAGGGGGAGCUCUGCUGGUGGCGGUGGCAGUGGGGGACCCUGGUGUGGCAACGAGGAGGAAGGGUUGGAGGCACGGCCGGCAGGGUGCCCAGUGGAGGUGGAUGGGAUGGGGGCUAAGGCACAGGUGAUGGGAAAGGGGCACCCGUUUCCUUAAACAUGGCAAAUAGUUACCAAAUGGCGGAUGCUACAUUUGAUGUUUAGAAAAGUCUUUCCAACUGCUGAAUUGCAAGGAGAUUUGAAACAAUCUCCCAGGAAAGGCAGAGGGACCAAAAACCACAAAUAAAACUUGAUCAUGCUUUGAAAAGGUCUGAAAAAGUCUCCUGUGCGCUGAGCGGCAGUCCUUAGCUAAUCUUCCUUUCCUAUAACAAGUGAUGUAUCAGUUGCUAUGUUUCCUCCUGUGCAAUUUAAAGCCCUCCUCUUCCAGAUGCAUCCAGUCCUAAAGGCUUUUGUGUGUGGCUCCAUCAGUGGGACUUGCUCCACGCUCCUCUUCCAACCCCUUGACCUGCUGAAAACCCGCCUGCAAACUCUGCAGCCUGCUGUGAAUGGGUCCGGUCGUGCUGGGAUGGUAACACUGCUCUUUAGGGUUGUUCGUACUGAGAGUCUUCUGGGGCUCUGGAAAGGUGUCUCUCCAUCCUUUGCAAGAUGUAUUCCUGGUGUUGGGAUCUACUUCAGCACUUUGUACAUGAUGAAGCAAAAGUUUCUAGUAGACCGUUCACCCACAGCCCUGGAGUCUGUCUUUCUGGGUGCCACCGCACGUGCAGUAUCUGGGAUUUGCAUGUUGCCAGUGACUGUAGUGAAGACUCGAUAUGAGAGUGGAAGCUUUGGCUAUGGGAGUGUAUAUGGAGCUCUGAAAAGUAUCUAUCAGACGGAAGGGGCUCGUGGCAUGUUCAGCGGGCUCACCGCAACGCUGCUGCGGGAUGCACCCUUCUCUGGGAUCUACCUGAUGUUCUACACACAGACCAAAAACUUCACACCUCAGGACCGGCUGGAUCCAGUGCUCCUGCCCUUGCUCAAUUUUGGCUGUGGGAUCUUUGCAGGAAUCUUGGCCUCGCUGGCAACACAGCCUGCUGAUGUCAUCAAAACACACAUGCAGCUGUCCCCCCAAAAGUACCGUAGGACAAGCCAGGCCAUUGUCUUCAUAUACAAGGACUUUGGGUUGGUUGGCUUUUUCCGAGGUGGUGUGCCCCGUGCCCUCAGGCGGACUCUGAUGGCAGCAAUGGCAUGGACGGUGUAUGAACAGAUGAUGGAAAAAAUGGGCUUGAAAUCUUGACUGACUUGCACAAGAAAUGGCCAGCUUCGCUCCUCCUCCUGCUUGCUGUGAUCAACUGGCACUAGGAAGUUCCCAGUUCCGCAGAGGAAUAAGCCUUGCUCAGCCAGGAGGAA